AUGGGGAGCAGUGCUUUCGCCCUCAUGCUUGCCCUGGCCCUGGUGGCAUGCGUUGCCCCUGCAGAGAGGAAGUGCCAGCUCAGCGGGCUAUGGAGGAACGAGCAGGACUCGCUGAUGGAGAUUUCGGCGGUGAGGAACAACGGACACUUCCAGGGGAAAUACCUCACACGGGUCACCCUCACCAGCAGCUGCGCCCACGUCUCCCCCCUGCAGGGUGCCCAGCAGCAGCCUGGUGAGGGGGGCUGGCCCACCUUCGCUUUCACUGUGCGCUGGGACAAGUUCUCCAAUGCCACCACUGCCUUUGCGGGGCAGUGCUUUGUGGAUGCAGGCGGGAAGGAGACGCUGACCACCAUGUGGCUGCUGCGCGAAGCCGUCGGGUCCCUGGAGGAGGACUGGAAAGCCACGAG